UCUUAACUCCCCGAAGUGCUAUUUUCUGCCAUGAGAGGUACUUCUAGCUACCUCCUUGGAAGUGCACUGCUUGCUUUACUUCCUUCAGCUGCUAAUGCGUUCUACCUUCCUGGUGCAGCACCCCACAACUAUGUGCAGCGCGAUCCUGUCGAUUUGUAUGUCAAUGCGCUCACCCCCAUGCUCGCUGGAAGUGACAAUUCAAAACUGAAAUCCCUCAUAAAUUACGACUACUACAAUCCUCGAUUUCACUUCUGCACACCCAACGGAGGUGCCAAGGAUCAGCCUGAGUCAUUGGGAUCGAUACUAUUUGGCGACCGAAUAUUCACAUCUCCAUAUGAUAUAAAAAUGCUGCAAGCUAAUGCUACUUGCCAAAUGCUAUGUACCGCCGAAAUACCUGGAGAAGAUGCUCAAUUCAUCAAUGAGCGAAUCCGUGAGGAUUAUGCUCUCAACUGGCUGGUGGAUGGUUUGCCAGCUGCGGAAAUGAAGAAAGACAUGAAGACUGGGGACCUUUUCUUCGAUAUGGGAUUCAACCUUGGGAAUGACGACGACGAUAUUCCCUACCUAAACAAUCAUUAUGAGAUUGUUCUGAGAUAUCAUGAGCCAUCACCUGGAAUUUACCGCGUCGUUGGAGUUCUGGUAUGGCCAUCCAGCCGCGGCGGGUCUCAAGAAGAUGAGAGUUCGCCGGACUGUGAUGUUGAAGUUCCAAGGUUGGGUUUAUCCGAGAAUGAAACCAACAACAUACGGUAUACCUACCGAGUAACUUGGGACGAAUCUGACACGCCAUGGGCAACUCGAUGGGACAACUAUCUCCAUAUUUUUGACCCCCGGAUACAUUGGUUCAGCCUCGUCAAUUCGAUUGUCAUCGUUGUCUUCCUUUGCGUCAUGGUGGCCAUGAUUCUAUGGCGCACUGUUUCCAGAGACAUUUCACGAUACAAUGCUAUCGAUCUUAGUGAGGAUGUUCAAGAAGACUGGGGUUGGAAACUCGUGCAUGGAGAAGUUUUCCGCGCACCCAGAUAUCCAAUGGUGCUCUCUGUCAUGGUAGGAAAUGGAGCUCAGCUGUGCGCCAUGUGCGCUGUUACCCUUGUCUUCGCAUUGCUGGGAUUCCUCUCACCUUCAAACCGGGGCUCUCUUGCAACUGUCAUGAUGGUGUGCUGGACCCUUUUUGGAGGGAUCGGAGGUUAUUAUUCGAGUAGAAUAUAUGCAUCACUUGGUGGCGUUGAUAGAAGAAAGAAUACAUUCCUUACAGCCACCAUUCUCCCGACGCUGGUAUUCAUAGUGAUAUUUUUGUUGGACUUUUUCCUUCUUGUUGCCGGUUCUUCAGGGGCCGUUCCAUUUUCCACUAUGCUCUUGAUCGUCGUCCUUUGGUUUGGGAUUUCUGCUCCGCUAUCCUCGAUCGGAUCAUACAUCGGGUCAAGGCAAGGGGGUGUAUCACAUCCUGUGAGGGUCAACCAAAUACCUCGUCAGAUUCCACCAGUUCCUCGACACCUUCGACCAUGGGCCUCCGCUUUACUCGCAGGGAUCCUGCCAUUUGGGGCUGCGUUCGUGGAACUUUACUUCGUCAUGUCUAGCCUCUUUGCAUCUCGCGCCUACUAUGCAUUUGGUUUCCUUGCGCUAACAGCAGGAGUUGUUGCACUUACCACUGGUACUGUGACGAUCUUGUUCACGUAUUUCAACCUUUGCGCUGAAGAGUACAGGUGGCAUUGGCGUGCUUUCUUAACUGGCGGUGGAAGUGCAUUUUGGAUCUUGGCCUAUGGACUCUUCUACUGGUUAUCCCGACUUUCGCUGGACUCGUUUUCAAGCGUUGCAUUAUACCUCGGCUAUUUGUUCUUGAUCUGCCUUUUCGACUUUAUUGUCACGGGGACUAUUGGAUUCCUCGCAUCUUACUGGGCUGUGCGGCGCUUGUACAGUGCAAUUCGUGUGGACUAAGUACUGAUUGUAACUUGUUUGGACUUUGCGCUCAUAUAAAUUGAUUGGAUUAUGCGGCACGCGCGAAUUUUAGGUUUUCAGUGGAGAAAAAUGCAAACCAAGGUAAAUGGAGGCAGGCAUAGACAAUGAGUAAAAUUCCAGUUAUACGACCCAGAUCUAGGUCUGAAUUAGAUGUAGGGAUUACUAUCUAUGUGUAAUGUCGUCGAUGUGUGACGACAACACUGAUGGACGGUCAGACAGUAGUAACGUGGAUGAACGUAUAGGAUUG